CGACCAGAGCAGAUUCUGAGGGCAACACCAAGCGACACACUGGCAAACCCAUCCAUUGCCAUAUUGACAUUCCGUAUGCUACACGUGCAGAGUUCGACCGCAUAACACGACCGCGAUUCCCGGUCAUGUCGCGCUUUUCGCGUGGCCGCGCCGCUUCGCCCUACGACGACAACGUCUUCGCGACUGCCACCGAGACGAGCUUCAAGGACCUCCUACACUCGACACCGCAGCGAGAUUAUGCAGCCUCCCAGCACGCGUUUCCGCUCGACUACGACCAGCAUCCAUCUCCCCAGCGCGCUCCACAGGACGACAUCACACUGGGCAGCGCGGAAAUGUCCAUUGAGCUGGGACGCGGCGUGAAGCGCUCCCAGUCAGACUAUGCCGACAUGUCUUCGAAUGCCAUCUUCAGCUUCGAGCACACGCCGCCGCCACAGUCGCGCAGUAAUCAGAGGAGCGCAGAGAAUGGCCUGAGAAAGCAAGCUUCUGUCCGCCGGGCCACGGAAACAACUAGGGCGAACGACGCACUCAAGCGUUCAACGAAUCGCGCCGUGUCAGACAGCCUUCCUAGGACCAGAGCCGACAAUGAGGCUAUUCAGACUACUGCGACUUUCUCUCUUCGUGGCUCUCGUUUCGCUGGUAUACGGCAAGUGUCGUCCCAAUACAAUGUGCCCAAGCGCUACACAUCCGAUGGGGGGCUCGAGAACGCGAACACUACACCGCGCAGAGCUGCCUUUGGUAAUCCCACCGUGCAGUCAGCCACAUACACCUCUGGGCAAUCAUUCAUGCUGCCCGAUCUGCCCAAUAUCACGGAGCUGGUGUCAGGGCCGAACGAAGGCACACCACUUGUUCAGCGCACAUCCACAUCUCGGACUCGUUUUGUAUCUGGAACGCAUCGCCCUGUGAAUACCAUGGCUGUCCCUCAGGACGAGCAGGCCAUCUUCGCAUCUCUACAAAUGCUCAGCGAUAGAGUCGCCCAGCUGGAAUUGGAGAAGAGCGAGGCUCAGAAGCAUGUGGAGGAGUACGAGCAUGAGGUGAUAGAGCUGCGAGCACAGCUUGGCGUCCAACGACCGGAUAGUGGCCUAGGUUCCGAGGACAAUGACACCGCACCGGCUGCCGCCCUAGAUAAGACGAGGCUACAAGCGAAGGUCAAGGCUGCCGAAGAGAGGCUGCACAGAACGGAGCGCAAGAUUAGUGUCUCUGAGAUCACUGUCACUCGUGUCACUAAAGAGCGUGAUCACUUGAUUCAACAGCUUGCUUCCUCCUAUGUCGACAAUGAUGAACUUGAGAAGGAGAACGAGUCACUUCGUAGCAGCGUUGGAGAUGUGCUUGCAGAGAAUGAGGAACUGAAACUGCGUCUGCGAGAGCUCGAAGACAGGAACUCCAGCUUGCUUAUGGAACUCGAACGACUGAGGACCGCGCGGACAUCGGAGAAACUUCCAGCAAGGCAGGAGACAAGUCAGCGUAGUGGCGAUAUGGCCGGACACGAAAACAUCGCAGAGGGACUUACGAUGAGCGACACUGUGCAGAGUAGGAAAGACACGCAGCAUACCGCUGGUCAACGCCGCCAUCGGAGCAUUCCACAGCUGAACGACACGACCAAGCAGGACCUUGCCGCAAGAAUACAGACCGAGAUCGAAAGGCAAAGAGAGGCUGCUCUCACUUCAACGCGGACGCGUGACCGUACAGCGACAAAAGGCACACGCUCAAGAUCCCAGUCCAAACAACGCCCGCAGCGUCAGGAAGUCGACGCCGGCGCACACCAGCAGCAUACACAAAAUGCUAAGAGUACAAUGGACCACAGCGAGCGCGCCUUUACAACGGGAUUUACACAUCGCUCGCGUCACUCUUCGAAAUACGCCGACAAGUUCGAGGAAGACCUGACCCAGCUCACGGACCUGGAUCCAGUAGAUGUCGCAAGUCUCCGACGCAAGCUCGAGGAUGAGAUGCGUGCCAGGCAUGCCAAAAAGCACGACCAGACUCAAACUGCAGCAGAUUCCACUUUGCGCUCAGUCACUCAACGUUCGGUGACAAGAAAGUCGUCCAUGAAGGAUACUACGGGUGGCGCUGGCGCAGACGAUGGCACUGUGCAACUCGAGCUCACCAAGACCGUCCGAGUGCAAUCUCCACAUACCGCGGACGAGAUCUCACACUCUGGUCACGAAACUGUUGGUGAUGUCUCCUCGAUCAGCAAUACUGGCCGCCGACGGCGCCGCUCUACGGCGAGUGAGGGUCUCACGUCUGCAUUCAUUGUUCCAGAUAUCACGGUGGCACUGGGUGAGACCACUAUGCCUGUGCCAGUCACUGAUCGCUCCAUGUACAACCCCGAUGCUACAGAUAUCACUGUUCGACCUUCUCAAGCCCCCGUCUUGGCCCUCACAACAGUGAUCAAGCAUCUGGAAGAGGAGAUCUCUCGACUGAAAGCCGAACGGGAUAUUGAGAACAAGGCAUACACCUCGCAUGAUCCUGGCAUGGCAAGGCGCGUACGACUCGCUUGUCUGGGCAGAAUUGAGAGCUUGACGAAAGAGAUCGAGAAGAAAAGUGAUCAGGUCUACGCCUUGUACGAUGUAUUGGAAGCGCACAAAGACGAGAUUCCAGAUGUCAAACAGACACAAGAUGUUGGCGGGCUAGGCGAUGAUGAUGGCGAGGAAAGUGAGCUUGCUUUUGAAGGUUUUAGUGAGACUGAUGAUGGCGAGGAGAGCAGAGAAGUGAGGCUGUGAGGGAAAGCGACUCUGUGGUCGAUUUGAUUUUAAGAAGCGUUCAUAGCGGCUUUGGCGUGGCGUUGGGUCGUGAAAGCUUUCGGCUUGGGUGUCAUCAAUGCAUGGGAAUACAAUGGAACUGAUUGUGCUGCCAUCGAGAUUUCUCCACGUUUCAAUUGAACGGAGUGCUCCUACUAUUGCUUCUAUGCUAAGCAGAGUAUGCGCA